CAGCAUGCGCGUGCAGGUAGAGGGAUGGCAGAUAGAGAGAGAGUGGGAGAGGCAGGGAUAUAGUAGAAAGAGAGAGAGAGAGAGAGAGAGAGAGAGAGAGAGAGAGAGAUGUACAACAGUCUGCCAAUACAGAUUUAUCUCUUCUGCUCUAAUUCACCAGCAACAUAAUAGCACAGGUCGAUAUAUCCUUCCUCUCUCUCUCUCUCUCUCUCUCUCUCCUCACUCUCUCCUCACUCUCUACCUCUCUCCACCAAACACACACACGCGCCGCAGCCGUCAGCUAGCUCGUAUGCGUCCCUCCUCGCGCCAGCGGGUGGCCGCCUGGCUGCUCGCGCUACCGUUGGGGAGAGGUGGAGAGGAAUGCGCGCGCCGCGGCCGCCUGGAGAUGAUCUCGUUUUGGCUGCUGUGCUGGAAGCUGUUGGUAGAGAGCCACAGCUGGGCUAAGGAGGGCAACAGCUGAGCUAACGGACGGUAACCACGACAACGGUAGCUCUGACAACGAUAACCCAGUUGACGACUCUCCCACUCCAACACAACCAACAGAUCCAGUUACCAUGGAGAUCAGCUCAUCACCACCGCUUACAGAACUGGAAAGAGAAAACGUGGUUAGCUGGCACAGCCAGGAAGUAGAGGAACUACAUUACCCAGAGGUCCACGGGGUACAGCGGCCGUUCAGGGACGAGCAGGAGGAAGACGAGGCUGCAGAGAGAGAAAAUGAAAAAACAGACAGAGAUGAGUGUGACUAUCUUGUUUUUGAGAUAGGAGAGAAGAGGGGAGGGGAGGAAGUAGGUGAAAGUGAGGGAGGACAAGAGACAGAGAGAGGAGGAGAGGAGGGAGGAGAUGAGGGAAGAGGAGAGGCAGAAGGAGAGGAUGAAGGGACAGGAGAAAUGGAGAUACAAGAAAUAGAGAUAGAAGAUGAAAGUAGAGGAAAAAUAGAGGGAGAAUAUGCAAGUAAAGCAGACCCAGAGAGCGAAGAUUGGGGUAGAAGAGAAAUUGAGGGAGAAGAUGAAGGGGGAGUAAAAAUAAAAGGUGAGGAUGGAGGGAUUGGAGAAACAGAGGGAGAAGUUGCUGGAACAGGAGACACGAAAGAAGAGGAUGGGUGGCUAGGAGAGACAGAGGGAGAGAUGAAAGACGAUCUGGCAGAGCUCCUCUUCAUCUGUGACAGUCCAGUGUGUCCUUCAUCAUCAGAGCGUCCUUCAUCAUCAGAGCCCCUCACCUCAGACCCUUCAGAGCAGCCUGCAGCAGCCAUGUUGCAGGAGGCCUGGGGUCACGACCCUGGCAACAGAGACGACCUUAGCGACAGUCACCUUAGUGACUGCCUCCAAGCCGAGCUGGCUAUUGUGUACUCGGACAGCGACGCCGGGGAGGACCAAUGGGCAGCCUUCACGCCCUGUGAUGUCAUCAACCAGGAAGAAGAAGGUGGCGGAAUCCAUGACAGUGCCUGUGAUGGAGAGAGCAAGGAAGAGGAGAGAAGAGGAGAGAAGGAGGAGAGAGGGGAGGAUAAGGGAAAAGUAGAGACUGGAACAGAGGAGCAGAGAGAAGUGGAGGUAGAGAAGGAGCAGGAGGAGAGGAGGGGACGCAGGGAUGAUGAUGAAGAGCAGAUGAAGUCGAGGGAAGAGCUUUUCAUGCGGUCUCCUUCUGUCAGCUCCACAACCAGCUCCACAGACCCCGACAGGAGGCUUCCUGUGGAUUUCUGUGUCCACCAAGACACCCGCAGUGAAAAUGUCUCCACUGAGCAUGUGGACUUUCUGUUGGCACGCCAGCAGUGGAAGAAGAUGGAGGAGGAGGUCAAAGGUCAGCCAAUCCCCAAACCAGGGCUAAGAGCUCAGGGGAGUUUCCAGGGUACCCACACUUCACUGUACCCCCCAACUCGCAGCCCUCGACUCAAACACAGAGAGAUCCAUCCACCAGUGCCUAGGGAGCCCCCUCUGUCCUCCACCCUGUCCCCCAGUUCCGAGGACUCAGGCCUGGAUGACUCGUCAUACCGCAGCCCCUUGGAGGAGCCGGAGACUGCAGUGGAGAGAGAAAUCCGCCUGACUCUGGAGAGAGAGGAACGCCACCGCAGGGAGAGGGGGAUGAUUGCACAGGGUCUGACUAUACCCAGACCAUCCACUCUGCAAACAGGACGAUCUCCACCUAGACCUCCAGCCUGCCGCACCCCUACCUUAUCCAUCUCUCCAUCCCCUUCCUGCUCCUCCUCCCUUCCCCGGUCUGUCUACCAUGAAAUGACAGCCAAUAAUGUCAUCAUCCUGGAGCCUGACUGCUCCAGCUCCACCUCCAGGAACCGCCUACUCUCCUCUGCAAUCGGGGGCCUCUCCGAUUGGCCCAUAAGCCUGGAUACGGUGCCUUCCGCGAACGUCAUCGUCGUGGAGACCUCCAACCUGAUCAUUCGCAGUGCUUCCGAGUUCUGCCUAAGCUCAGCCCCCGUGUCCGUGGAAACGCAGGAGAGCACUUUCUCGUCGAAUCCGUUCUUUAAGCUGCGCUCCCUCAGCAGCCAGUCGCUGGUGGAGCAAGAGAUCCGCAUGGUGAGGCAGAGGGAGGAGGAGUGGAGGAGGCAGAGGGAGGAGAUGUGGAGGAGGAGGAGGGAGGAGGAGUGGAGGAGAGGGAGGGAGAGGUAUGACACUGUGCUGGUGUCUCCGGCCCUGAGCGAUAGCAUCAGUUACAACGUGCCAGAGGUUCCAGACAGAUGUGUUUCCUCCCCUUCGUCCCCCUCUAGGACCCGCAAAAUGGAAAGAUCCAGUUUGUCUUGUGACCACAAGUUCCCCCCCUCCCUCUCUUCUGUGCCACGACGACAGAACACCAUGGCACAGCGAUGGGAGGCCUCCCUACUAGCCAAUCAGAAGAAGGAGUAAGCAGUGUCAGCGUUCAACUGUCAGCCAUUUAAAAGCCAAAACGCCUCCGUUUCUUCCUCCUCCUGUCUAGAAAACUCACGCAGUCCUUCUUUGUCAGUAUCCAACGUCUACUGUAAUGUUUGUCUAAACUAUGAACCAGUGGGUCACCAAUCUGUUUCCUGCGGGAUGCCACAUGAGGAGGACUGAGGACUGUUUCUUUCAGUAAUUUUGGUUUCAAAGAUUAAGAUAAUUUACCUGGUUUGAGAUCCCAUAAUGUUUUAAUGAGUCUUUCAAAAUCAAACUGGUCUUUUGCAUGAUGUCUGAAACAGUACACAAUGGAACUACCUGUUAUGUCACAGUUUAUAUAUAAUAACUUUUGUAGACUUCUAAGGCACAUUCCCUGGAGGUGUAUCACAAUAAUGAGUAUAAAAUGCACAUGUUAAAAUUAGCGGUUUUCUCCUUUAAUUUUUCAUAUUUACAGCACUUUGAUUUCUAGAUGUUAAUGAAUUAUGGUACAAGUAUUGAGUAUUCAUUGAUUUUUUGUUUUGACUGACUGUACUGCAGUGAUUUUCAAACUUUUUCUGGGCUGGCACAUUUUAAUUUCAGAUAUUAAUUUAGUAUAUAUUUUAAAGUGACUGAAAAUAUUGUAGCUAUGCAUAGCAGAUAUGUGAAAAGGUAUAUGCAAAAAUAAUCUAGCAUGUUGUGUUCAAUGGGCCAACCCAGACUUUGAAAAUCACUGCCUUAGUGGAAAGUUACAAUGAGCCAUUGAUCAAGAGAGUUUGGAUGUCCCAGGUUUCUGUGUCAGCCAUGUUGGCUAAACAGUGCUAGCUGCUAACUGAAUACCAUUCGCACAGACUGGUUUUUACCUCCUCUUUGAAGGCAGCUGGUUGUAAACCAGAGUUCCAGUUUUGUGGGCUUCUUAAAGAGCAAAUAUACACUCUCCUUUGAGGAUAUUGUAGUCUCAAAGUUCCAAAGCUUGCUAGUUUUCUUUUCUCCUUCGUUAGCAUGUAAUGAAGGCGUACGGCACGGGGCAUGGACAUUUUUAUUGAAAGCUGUUGACGUUCUAAACAAAACUGAGUUCAACCUGAGCUAGGUUCUAAAAUAAUGUAACAUUUAUCAGUGAGCUAGGUUUGGUUAGCUGUUUUUGCUACAUCAUAUAAGAUAUAAGAAUGUUUUUUAAAAAAAAGGCAAAUAGACAGGCAGCAUCCACAUGUGGGUACAUGUGGAUACACACUCUGAUAUUGCAUUAAAGUAUAGCAGUCACAACCGGUGACCACAGAUAUUUAAAACAAUGUAAAAAAAAAUUCCAGAGACAAUGACCUGAGAGCCCUUGUGUUCAGACUGAAUGUUAAGCGAAUGGGUGCAAAUUCAAUCUAGGUUACGCAAGUCAUGUUUGUGCAAGUUGAAAAUGUUCCAACUUUAGCACAUAAAAUUCAUCAACAUACAACGACAAGGAAAAGAACUGGAUACAUUCUUAUGGAAGCUGCUCAGUGCCUAAAAACUUUGAUUUCCUUAAUUCCUUAAUUCAUUUUCCGAAUCUCCCGCAUAUGCUUCCGCAUUGUGAGGCCCAUAGAACAGAAGGACUAGAGACUUCCACCGGCCGAGCCGCUAACUUCCGGUUUAGCCCUCUGCUAACUUGAAUGGGGAUAAAAUGAGUCAUUUCGCAGCGGUUAGUGACGCUCAAAUAUAAUGUAUCCAACGUUUUACAUCCGCUUCUUUCACAGUGUAAGCUUAUGGAAAACGUCUUUUUGGGCUGGAUGCCAUUGCUGUAUUUACACGAUUCAGCCACUAUGUCCAAUUGGCUUCAAAGCCCAGCACUCUUCCUGGGGGCCAGAGUGUCAGCUGACACACACUGGCACACUCCAAACCCUCCAGCUGUCAAAUUUAUGUGAUUACCUUGAGGCGAAAAUUCACAUUCAGUCGUACACACCUUUAAAAUGAGCUUCCAUGUCACCAUGUCGGUUUUAUGGAUGGCGGUAUAUUUGCAGCCCUAAUGUUUUAGCUUUAUAAGCGUAGGCAUGGUGUGUACAGUUAAGUCCAGACAAAUGUUUGGGGUGUGUUGAUUGAUACAACCUGGUCAAACUCUGCCUAUCUGUGGCUCUGCUGUUUCAGCAAAAUAACUCGAGCACCUCUGAAAGAAUCAGAUGUUCUAAUCGUAAAGUUUAGUGAAGAUUUUUACAUAUUUUUAUGUCCUGUCUUGAUUCCUAAAAGAGAUUUAUUGUAUUGUAUUUUUGCUGCAUAUAUUUAUGAAUUGAGCAAUGCGUAUUAAUCCUUGAAGCUUUUAUUUGUAAAAGGUUUAUAAUAUAUUAUGUCAGAAUGACUAUUUGAAAUUGGAAGUCUGCAAUGUUUUUUAGGAGAUGACUUUUGUGUGUGGGGUGUGCAUGUGUACGAGUGUGUGUUUUAUAGUAAUCCAUCCUUCACACAUCAGCUAGCUGGAGCUACCUUUAGUUUGGCUUCUAUAGCUCAGCUCACUCACUGGUUUCCCAAUAAACUCAACCUGACUCGGCUGUGGGGUAAAGGUGCAUUCAAGUCAACUCAGAAAUGGGAUGAUUUUAACUUUCCAGGGUGGAAUAAUACCAGGCGAGUGGAACGCUAACGGCAGCAGUUUCAGUUUAUCAUCACUACAUUUUGAUGGCGCUCUAAGCUGUGAUGUGUUUGCACUACUGUUACAGUAUAAGAUAUACCACAAACGAUCCUCGGUAGCUAACUAACUACAUUUGAGCUGUGAGUCACUGUGGAACCUGAAGCUGUGUCUAUACAUAUGAUGUAGCCUGUAUCUGUAUUUUCUGACCUAAAUGUUGAGAGGCUAGGUUUAAUUUUUCCAAGUCCAUCUUAAUACACUGAUACAUUUCAUUGGUAUGCUGAUGAAGUCGUUGGUUACUGUUUUUUUCUUCCUCGUGCUGGCUGUAAAAUGAACCUGCCUUCGUGUAAUUAUACUGUAAGAGAUGAGGCACAAAAUAGUUCUCAUUCUGUGAAAAAAUCCAGGCAAUGGUGUUGGUAUAUUGCCAGUAUUAUCAAUUCCUGUUUGCCCUUACCCAGCCCAACCUUACAGUGUUUAUUUGCCUUGUCUGAAUUUAUAUGAGAUAAAGUUAAUUCCUUGUGUCUCUAUUGCUUUUGUUUCUUCUGCACCAAAAUUAUAAUUUUGCAUAAUGGAAAAAUCUUUAGAGUUGUUGAUGUUUCUACCAAAGUUUUGCUGUCAGAAAUGAGUUGAGUAGUAAACAAUAUAUUAGGUAACGUACGUAUGUUUCGUCAGUUACACAGCAAACCAUCAGACCGUAAACUCAAAAUAGGUUUAAAGUAAAGUUAAAGUAAAAAAGUAGUAAAAUGCUCUUAUAUCUCAUUGCAAAACCUUUAUUCAUACAAACUUUUAAAGGAAUUUCUAUGGAAUAAAGUUGUUUUUUUUAUCUUACAGACUGUAAAUUGCACAGACAACCACUGGCAUAAUAUUCAUAAGGUAUUUUCAUACAGCAAAACUGUUUCUUUUGAUUGUAAAAACUUGGUGGUGGUAAAAUAUGGAUGAAAACUCAACAGUACUAAUAUCCUUUUACCGUAAUACAUUUUUUUUAAUUCAUGUACUUAAUGUGCGUCAGGUACAUAAUGUAAUUUAUGAUGUUUAGUUACACUAGGCAGGGAUCUCUUCAGGGCCAGUAUGGAAAUGAGGAAUGAUUACAGUGAACAAUAACUAAUGUAUUAGGGUAGACUUGUAAAAAUCUGAACAGAUUCUUUAAAAACAAGAAUCUUGGCGCUGUAGUGUCCUAUGAGAGUCUGAGCUGUAUUGGAUGCACAAUAAUAACUGCUGUGUCAAAAGCAGGGCCGCUUUAAAGUUGAGUAUGUCAUUAUGUUACUGUGUUAGAUAUACUGUAUGAUAGCACACACUGCUGCACACUCAGUGUUUGCCCUGUGAUUUCAUUGCAGUCGGGGCGUGGUAUUCACAUCCACACCUGGUUUGGCUUCUGAUUUAAUCUUAGUGCCGUUUUUCACAUCAGCUUCACUAUCUAAGAUACUUUAUUACUCCACUACACUGCUUUUAGUUUUGAAAAGAAAAGUCUAUUUAGUCAUUUUAACAUUUCUGAUUGUGUUCAGGCCACUUCUCAAUAAAUCCAGAUGUAACACUGGGUGACACUUGCUAGAAUCUUCUGUAUGGACUCGUAUAAACAGCUGUCCUGACUAUUACAGCUUUUCCUCACUAAUGUCAUUUAUUCUGUUUCUGUUGAUUUCUUAGUUUAUUUGCCUUGAGUUUCAGUCAUUUAUUCUUGCCAAAUGAAAGGUCUGGUAAUGACAUCUUCAAUAAAGCCUGACUACUGAAACCUCC